CACGCACACCGACUGUCUAUCUCUCAGUGCCUCUCCUCGCUGCUUCUAUUCUGGGAAGCGUCGCUCGGAAUAACCCCCAGUGUGAGUGUGUGCGUGAGCGUGUGUGUGUGUGUGUGUGUCUCCGGAUCUCACUCUGACACACACACACGCUCACAUUCGCUGUGCUGCUAACUGCAGCUGAGGAGCUCCGGCACCAGAAAUCCGGUCGGAAAGGAUUCCUUCCAUUUUUACGCGCAACUUUUCUCUCCGUGUCGCUCGCUCCUCUUUCGUGGAUUCCCAGUCGCCGUCCUCGGGAUUCGGACUGGCGACCCGAGAGGUGUCAAACUCUCCUGGAACCGGAUCGGAUCUCCUGUCACCGGGGCGGCUUGUUGUCAUUCGGCGGACGGCAGGUGCUAACAACCGCUUUGUGGGUUCACUGGGCUGGACCACAGGACCACCACCAGGGUGGCUCCUCGUGCAAGACAGUCUCUGGAGCCUAACUGAGCAUGUGCAGGCCAGCAGGUGUCAGUGAGCGUUGAAGCCACAGAAGAUCUUCAAGCACUUUGAACAACCUUCAAAUGAACUGCACAGAAAUACAGGAAUAAGACAACAUGGGAGAAGGAGACAUCUGAUGUGAUCUCAACUCCACUUCUUGCUUCCAGUCAGCUCUCCAAGCAAACUCUUUCAGCGAUGGCAGCCGUCAGAUGUUUGGUUAGCAUGGGUGAUAGUUUUGGGACUCUGUAAGCCUCAAGGAGUCAUCCUCCCGUCUCCUCUGCUGCCUCUUCACUCUUCUCCCCAAUGGAAGCUCGUGAGUCGGCUGCCAGCGGGCAGAAAUGCCCAAGAAAGGACACAGUUAAGGAGAAGAACCCCCUACAAAGAAAGUGGGCAUCUGAGCCUUCUACGACCACCAAACGAAGCACUUUUACUGAUCUGGGGGCACAGCACCGCGAAAAUUUGCCAUGCCGCGCCAACGCAGGAUCAGAUCCCCAACACAAGUACGCAAUCACAGGGAAUUCCGGGAAAGCGCUAUCUGGACCCUCUGCUGUUGGGGCAGUAGGAGGCCCGCCAUCUCAAGACCCCCAGGCUCCCUUUGCACAGGGCUUUCCAGGUGGGUACACCUACCAGCUGGGCCAGCCGUACCCGCAGCAUCCUCAGACUGAGCGCUUCCUCUCGGGAGCCAAACCCCAACCAGGACUAGAGCCACAUGCCUGGCCCUUUGUGGGCCAGUUGCCUUCAGAUGAUUUGUACCCCGUAGGUCACCCAGGACACACUCACUCCCAUGGAACUGGGGCGGGGGCAGGGAGGUUCCCCCGGCAAAAAUCUCCCAGUUUACCGAGCUCCUUUGGACCCUACUCCCAGUCAGGACCUGAGCCAGGAGAAGAGGGCUAUGGCAAAAAAGAGCAUAAAGCCAAAAAGCCUGGAAAGUACAUUUGUUACUACUGUGGCCGCGCCUGCGCCAAGCCCAGCGUCCUGAAGAAGCACAUCCGCUCCCACACGGGCGAGAGGCCAUAUCCUUGUGUGCCCUGUGGCUUUUCUUUCAAAACCAAGAGUAACCUUUACAAACACCGCAAGUCCCACGCUCACGCCAUCAAGGCUGGACUUGUACCCUUUUCAGACCUAGCUGUGUCCCGCAGUGGGGACACGGACCAGGCUUCGCCAGCGGGGGAGGCCGAGGUCCACUCCGAUGGGGAGCAGAGCACCGACACUGAUGAGGAAGUUGUGGAAGGAUCCACCAUGCUGAUGGACAAAGAUGGAUCCAUUCCGCAGAUCUCCUUUGAAGUUGAGAAGAGUGCAGGUGGUGCAGAGCCAGCAUAUGCAGAUUCAGCUGAAGAUCAGUUUGUGGGCUCCAUUAAAGUGCCUAUCCUUAUUGUCCCCAAGUCUGGAGGCGUCCCGUCCACAGGGAUGGAAUGCCCGCCGUUCCAGGACAUAAAACUUUCCCACCACAUGAUGACGUCCCUGGCUGGGAGAAGAGGACGUUCACUGGAUGAUUCCCCCUCAGUCAAACCGAGUUUGGCCCGGAGACUGCAUGACAAGAAAAGCCAGGAUUCUGAUUCUGCUGCGUCUCAAUCGUUAAACCUGCUCAGUCCUCACAGCAAAGGCAGCACAGACUCAGGCUACUUUUCACGAUCUGAGAGUGCCGAACAGCAGAUCAGCCCUCCAAAUGCAAACGUUAAAACAUACGAGGAGAUUAUGUUCGGUCGGACCUGGUACUACCGACCCAACUCCAGAUCUAGGCAGUCUAUCACCGUGGCGAUGGCUGGGGCAGACCCUAGUAGCCUGGCAAGCCUGAAACAAUCAGGUGUAGUUCUGGACAUGGGAAAGAUCUCUGAGGAUCAUAUCUGCUUCAGGGGGGACCUCGGAAUGUCUGGAGAGCCUAAACAGUAUCCAACUGUACCCGGUCAGAGCAGUACAGGACUUCUGGAGCCCCCAUCAGAUUCCGGGCACCUAAUCAGGAGCAACUCCAUGCCAACAUCUUCUCCACCAAACCUCAGCCUCCCUCCAGGGAUAAGAGGCAGCCAUUCCUUUGACGAGAUGAUGACAUCGGAUGACGUGUUUUAUCCACCUGGACUGCGUCGACUCCGAAGACAGGCUGCAAUAGAACUUUCAGCCCACGAAGCCCACACAGGAGAUGCUGAGGGCUAUGGACACAUGCCUAAGAAUUUCCCUACAUCCCUCGCUAAGAAGAUCAAUGAGCGCACUCCGGGAGUCACAGAGCAUGUUGCCUAUAGCACAUAUCGCACUAAAGUAAGCAUGUCAGAAAUAGCUACCAGAAAGAGGAGGAAAGAGAAGAGUGUUGGGGAUGAAGAAGACAGUCCUGGUCACUGUGACAGUAGCUGCAGUGGUUCAGUCGAGAUGACAGGAGACUACGGUAGUUUUGACGGCUCCAGAGCCACCCCAACAGGGAAAGGCUCUCUUAACAGUGCUCAUAGCCAGUCAGACAGCUUUGAUACCUGCACUAGCAUGUGCUCUGAGGACAUGGCUUUGUUUACUGACGCUGAAUGUAGGAAGGCAGCUGGGAACGUCAUAUCAGUCAUCCAACACACAAACUCCCUCAGUCGGCCAAAUUCUUUCGAGAAGUCCGAAUCCUUUGAGCAGUCAGGAUAUCAUCCCUCAGCCCCAUCUAGCCAGUACUCUGAACAGUCUGACUCGGACAUUUUUGAAGAUGCUUUGAGUCCAGAGUCGGCCCAGCUGAGGACCGAGAGCAUGGAUCAGCAGCCGCAGAGUGACAGUGACCUGGCUUCCCUCUCGUCUUCAUCAGCAGCAGCUUCACCCGGGCAGCCUUAUCACAUCCCUCACAAACUAGUCCGUCAACCUAACAUUCAAGUUCCCGAGAUCAGGGUCACGGACGAGAAAGACGCAGAAGCUCCAAUGGCCAAGGAGGUGGAAAAGCAUCAACCGCACAUGGAGGAAUUCCAGUUGCCACAGAGGAGUGACACCUUGUCACAGAUGCCCUCAGAGAAGCUCCCGCCCAAGAAAAAGAGGCUGCGCCUUGCAGACAUGGAGCACUCGUCUGGGGAAUCCAGCUUUGAGUCCACUUGCACCAGCCUGUCUCGCAGCCCAAGUCAGGAAAGCAAUCUGUCCCACUCGUCUUCAUUCUCCAUGUCCUUUGACAGAGACGAAGGCCUCAAGUCGGUGUCACCCACCAAACAGACCCAGGAGGAAUCAGCUUCGGGUGGGGGAGGUAAAGCAUCUGAGUUCCUGACGGUGCCCGGCAGUGGUCAUUCCAGCCACCAACAGCAGAGGGAGAUGAGGAGGUCCUCGUCAGAGCAGACACCAUACUCGCUUCCCUCAGACUUGCCGGAAAUGCGCAGCAAGUCCUUUGAUUAUGGAAGCUUGUCGUCCUCCAGACAGGGAGAGUUCUACGCCAGAGGUCCCACUAUGAAGGAGCCCCGCCGUGGAUGUCUCGUCCGACAGGCUUCACUCAGCGUAUAUCCAGAGGCAGUCACCCAGGAACCGGGAGGAUCUGAGCUGUCAAUCAAACAGGAGAGCGUGGAGCACGGAGUGUGGCCUGGCCCAACAGGACCACCACAUAGCAUUAGCGACAUAGCCGGCAGAACCAAAAGAGUUGGCAACACUGUUGGUGUCGUAGGAGCUCACCAGCAGCAUGUCCUCCAACAGAGUAUCAGUGAGGAUAGUCUGCAGGACGAGCCUCACUAUGCCAGGUCCCAGCAAUAUCGCCUCCAGACUCAGGGCUCAUCAUCUGAAGGAGAACAUCUAGUUCAUGAGGUCAUGAACAAGGAAGUCGUCCAGCAGCAGUUCCUGUCUUGCCAGCAGUCUGCUCUGUUCUGGAGUCAGGAGACCAGUCAGACAUCCAGACAACAGCUGACCCUCCAGGCCCAGCAGCAACUCCGGAAACUCCACAUCCGAUCACCGACCAGCCUGCCUGGACACGCAACACACCACAAACAUAUCCAAGAUCAGAUGCCACAUGAUGGACAAUCAGAACCUUCUUCCAUAUUCCAUCACCAAAACCUGGCCUCUCUCUCAUCCAAACACUCCCUGCCCACCUCCAACACCACCCCCAUGCCACUACAGCAGAUCCAACCUAUCUUUGCCACCCAGAACCCGGGCCCCCACGCCUCCCUGCCUGGUAUGCUAGUUCCUGUGCGGAUCCAAACCGAUGUGCCAUCCUUUGGUAGUGUUAUGUAUACCAGUGUUAGCCAGCUCAUAGCGCACGAUCAGAGGCUCAGCUUAGCUGGACAUAGCAGCAUCAGUGACAUGUCCCUUCAAGGUGGCGCUGUAAGUGUCAGCCAGUCGCCUGAAGGGCUCGGACGAGGUCCAAGCAGAGCAGGUUUCAAUCUAUCACACUUCCUGGGUCAGACAGAUGGAACAGUACUGCGCUCCCCACACUGGAAGUCUCCAGAUUCUGGUCCCAACACAGGAAUUCCUCUGUCACUAACGUCAGGUACCAUAUCUACCACUGACGCCUCAGGGUCCAGCAUGGGAGGCAGCAAGAGGAUGCUUUCUCCUGCCAGCUCUUUGGAGCUCUUCUUCGAGACCAAGCAACAGAAAAGGGUGAAAGAGGAGAGGAUGUUUGGGCAGAUGGUGAAAGAGAUGAGCGCUGUCGAGCUGAGUGGAACCGACGGCAGCAGUGAGCCCGAGAAGAAUGUAGAUGACUGUGAGAAGAUGUCUUCUUCUCCGCCACUGGGCGACUUCCCUGCUCCCAACAAGAUAGCCAUUCCCAUCCGUUCCUCUGCACCCCACCAGCCUGACGUACCCCGCCCAGAGAGCUUCACCCCUCCUCUCCAGAUUGUCACUGACUCUUCUCCUGUUUCAUGCGGCCGAGACUCUCCUGAAGAGCUUGAUGUGGACGAGUCCCACCUCAGCCCCCAGUCCAUGAUCUCCUCCAAUGACGCCGAAGUUGCUGACGCCUCCAAGCAGCCCACUGCCAGUAAAGUCCCAACAAGCGUGCUGCUUCAUUUAGCAGUUAGCCAAAAUCCAGGAUCGUCCAGAGCGGCGGGAGAGACUCUGCUGCUUGCCGACAUGACUGACGUCCAGCAGUUUUUCCAGUUCCCAAGCCUGCGCACCAUCAGUCGGGUCAGCUGGUGCUUCCUGAAUUACACCAAGCCCAACAGCAGUCAAGCUGCCUUGCAGAGCUCCAUCUACAGCUCUUGGUGCGUGAGCGCCUACAACCCCAACCCGCUCAACCUGAGCACCAAAGCUGCGCUGGCCCUGCUGAGGUCCAAACAGAGGACCAACACCAACCUCCUGUACACCACAGCCACCAUGGCGCCGCCCAGCUCGGGUAAGCUGGUCUCCUCUGUCGCCUGGAAACUGCGGUUUGAUCAGCUGAAGCCAGAGCUGAUGCCCGUGGAUGUCAGACAUUUUGGAAGGAAGAUGAAGGGCGUGGCCUCAUGGGAGCGAUCCAAGGAGGAGCAUGUGGACAAGGAUGUCAACAUCAAGCCCACGGCCACCGAGCCGACACGCAUCAAAAUCUUCGAAGGCGGGUACAAGUCCAACGAGGAAUACGUUUACGUGCGCGGGCGAGGUCGAGGGAAGUACAUCUGCGAGGAAUGCGGCAUCCGCUGCAAGAAGCCCAGCAUGCUGAAGAAACACAUCAGGACACACACCGACGUGCGGCCCUAUGUAUGCAAGUUCUGCAACUUUGCCUUCAAGACCAAAGGAAAUCUGACGAAGCACAUGAAGUCUAAAGCUCAUCUGAAGAAGUGUCUGGAGUUAGGCGUGUCCAUGUCCUCUGUGGAGGAUGUGGAGGCAGACGACGCAGACGUGGGCGAGGAAGGUCGGAGGUUAUCAGGCAAGAUGGCGGAGCACCAGUUCUCCGAUGUAGACGACUCAGAGGGCGGCGAGGACGACGGCGACGAUGACGAAGACGACGAGGACGACGACUACGACGGGGACUCCACCCCCAAGACUUGCUCACGCUCCACCAGCCCGCAGCCUUACGGCCUUCCCUCCCUGUCAAUCACAGCUGUGGCUGCGUCCCACCCGUCGCCGCCCCACCCUCAGCAUUCCGACCCCCUGGUCCACAAGCCGCCGCUGUUCAGCUACUUCACCACCGUGCCGAGCAUUCACAUCGUGUCGCAGGCUCUGCCCAGUCAGCGGGUUGACCGGGGGCGGAGUCAAGAGGAGCACCAGCGAGGGAUGCUGGCCAGCAGGCUGCUGGCACCACCCUCCUCAUCCAUGGAUGAAGACCUCCCCGUCUCCUCUCUGGAUUUCCCCUCACCGUCCUCUCGUCUGUCCUCACCCGGGUUGGAUUACCCCAGCUGCCCUUCUCCCAUCUCUCCCUCCUCCUCCCCUUCACCCCGCCAGUACCUGUCGCCACAUUGCGACCUCUUGCAGCAGACAGGGCGUCUGUCGCCUCGGCGGGACGCCUCCCCUCUGCGCCAUGCUUCCCCCAAGAGGGACACGGGGGGAUAUCGACGUGAGCUGUCCCCCAGGAGGGGGCACCUGUCGCUGCUCUCGCCCCUCCCUCGCCCCGCAUCUCCUGGCAGGAGGGACUACAAGCGUGAGCUGUCUCCACGAGGACGCCACAAGGGCAUGAUCAGACCGCAUUCUCCUCGACGGGCGCUCCAGCAGCACCUCCACCACCAAAGCCAGCAGAGCGGAGCGCGAGGCCUCAAGUCGGCUCAGCUCGCUGGGCUGCUGAGUCAGACGGAGCUCGGACCUCGAGAACGCCGCCGAGUCGGCGCCGACAUAGACACGGAGUUGCAACAGUGUGGUAACCGUGGUAACCAGUCCAGUCCACCCCAUCAGGUCUUGUUCAGUCACCUUCCUCUCCAUUCUCAGCUACAGGUGCGUUCGCCGUUCCCAAUGAUUCCCAUCGGAGGGAUACAGAUGGUCCACGCCAUGCCCACGUCUGUCAGCACCCCUCUGGACCAGCAGGGGGCGCAGCAGGUCACAUCCCACCAACCGCUCCACGAGAGAGGAACUUCAGAGGACCUACAAAGCAGCGAGGCCACCUGCCCUCCUUUGAUCUCCUCUACUGAUAGAGGGAGACGAGGAGGAGGUGAGGGAUCAUCGGGGGUGCCUUCCCCCGCCUUGAUGGAGGGAGGGUUCGGGGUCACGAGGGAGCGUGAGCAGGAAGCGAGUGUCCACACGUGCACCAAAGCCAUCGCCUCGCUCCGCAUCGAUCCGGAGGAGCACGCCGAGAGGCGCCGAGGUGGCAGAGAGGAGGACGGCCCCUCCGCGCCCUCGGACAACAUCCCUGGGACAACGCCCCUGGGACAACAUCGGUGCACGCCGCCCGCCUCCGCGUCCCCGCCCUCUCCUCUGGUUCAGCACUUUAGCGGCCUCAGGCCUCCACACGCCUCAGGCCCCUCCUCCCCGCGUUGCUCCUCCCCCUCCCUCUCCCCGGCGCAGGGUCAGAAAGCACAAUGAGAAGCAAAGACGUGUCGUAGACGUGCAACACAAACAGCAAACACAGCUUUUGCACAAUACACACACACACACACACACACUUGUGCGCGCAUUGUUUUAUUUAAAGACUUUCAAGAGGAUGUGUGUGUGUGUGUGUGUGUGUGGGCAGUAAAGUGGUACUUUCAAAAUAAUAAUAUUAAUAAUCAUGUACAUGUGUGCCUUUGCUUUGUGCUUAUAUUCUUAUAAGCAGUCAAUUAGCCCCGCCCCCUCCCUCCUCUUUUUUUUUUUU